AUGUUAUCACGCGAUCUAUUUGCCCAGCGUUACACAAUGCACACACACACGGCGCUGACGAUGCUCCUGUUGAUGGCCACACCGGGAUUGUCGGAAAUAAUUCCUGUUGGCGUACGUCUCAACGUGAGCGGCGACUUGGAGACGAUCAGAGACAAGUGCGACUUGCUUCGUCAACGAGCUAGCACAGUGUGGGACAGUAAAGCAGUUUCCACGUGUAACGCCAAAACACCCAUCGUGACAGACCAAGAAGAAUACAUUGUGCCAUACCAGAUCAGUGUGGAUACCUCGAAACUACCUGAUUUCCCCCCAACUACCUACCACUUUGAAAAAAUGGCCCAUAUCAACGAAUACCUGAACAUCGAAGCUGUCGACUGUAUGACGGUGACCGGAUCGAAUUGGCAAGUGCAGCCCGAAUUCUCCAGUACAACUUUCCAGGCCUUGAUAGAUUACAGUCCCGAGGGUCCCGACUGUGAAGCGGUUGAGAGACGCCUGAAUUCGACGAACGUGAACUUCGAAAUCAGUCGCUGUUCAGCAGUGCCCACGGAAGAGACAUCGACAGAAGAUAGCAUCCAUCGGCUCCAGUUGACAGUGACGACCGAGGUUGACGAUGAACUUCCGCCGUCCACAAAAUUUUUCAACACACUAACUAUGAUUAGCCGUGUCUUGAAUAACUAUGUUGAUAAAUGCGUUCAUGUAUGGGACGUGCAAGAUCAAGUUCGUGGUGUUAAUAAAGAUAUUUACCUACGGUUUGUUGUGAGAGAUCCUGUCGCCGGUCAGGACGGCUGCAGUGUGCUCGAGAAAACAUUAGCCUCCCACCAAAUAAGCAAAAACUUGACAAGGUGUCGGCAGCAGCCGUCUUUUGGAGUGAAAAGGGGCGCCUUCCUCCAUUAUUGCAUAUUGCAGGCCGGUGAUUUCAUCGACGGCAAACGGUUGAGUUCGAUGGGUGCCGAAGAGGUGGCUGUCUACGUACAGGCUGCAAUCAACGCAAGGAUACCUGGCUGUGCUGCUUUACGACCGGAUUCGGCCGCUCUUUGGCCAUUAAAAAAACAAGAAUCUUACGCGGCUGUCGUCUCUGGACCUCGGACGGAAAACUGCACGCGGUUGCUAGCAAGUGCGUCCUACGUCUACCCGAAGCCCAAGUACACUUGUUCAUAUGAGCCAAGACCGCUGGCUCAGCACAUGAGUCUCUAUCGCCUACUACCGAAAAGGCCAGUCCUCGACAUUGACAUACUGUGGCACAUGAACCAGCACAACAAACUAAUAAACACGCUAAACAGUGGAUACGACAAUUGCGAGUACAACGGAUACAUUCUAUUCCAACAACAUUGA